AAAUAACCAACCGAUCCUCUAAACGAAAAAUUGAUUUUUUCUGGGAUGAACUUACUGUAACUGGUAAUAAAUGGCAUUGUAAUCACUGUAAUACUGCUUAUUCGAUGGAUACAGGUCUUUCUACAAUAAAGAAACAUUUCAAACAUAAUCACCCAGAUAGAUGGGAUGAAUUAAUAAAAAUUGUCAAUAAGACAAAUAUUGAACCUUACAAUGCGAAUAAAAUUUUACAAAUAAAUCAAAGUCUUGUUAAAUGGAUUAUUACAGAUCAGCAAGCAUUUUUGAUAGUUGAAAAUAAAGAUUUUCAACUAUUUAUUACUGAAUUAACACCACGAUACUAUCUUCCUUCAAGAAAAUUGAUCUCACAAAGUGUUUUGAAGUUAUACUAUAAUAAACAAAAUGAACUUCGAACCUUUUUUAAUACAAGUCAACAAAAGUUUGCCAUUACAACAGAUUCUUGGACUUCAUGUACUAAUCUUGCUUUUCUUGCCAUUAUGCUUCACUGGAUAGAUAAAAGUUGGACUAUGAAACAAAUCUUAUUGGAGAUGAUACCACUUCAUGAACGGCAUACUGGUGUUAUAUAA